GCUUUGUUUGCCCCCCACUAGAUUUCAGGAGCCCGCUUCGGCCGCGUCGCUGCUCCGCCCCCACAACGCGCAACCCCUUCCCACCCGUCCGAUCGCGCACGACCCCCCAACGUGGCCGCGCCCCCCGCCGUAUAACCACACGCGGCCCCGCCCACGCCUCCUUUCCUCCUCCGGCAGCGGCGGCCGGAGCAGCCUAGGGUUCCGGCGAGCCCCUGGCCCGAUUCCCCGGUCGAGCUGGAGGACACGCGUAGCACCGGCUUCUUCUGCGGCGACCUGUGGUGCGGCCUCAUGGAGCCCAAAGGCGCGCCGGGACACAACCCUAUAGAAGAGGCAGUAGAGAACUUAAAGAUUGAUGCUAGCACGAAGGCAAGCAAUGGCAACUUGCCUGCUGCAAAAGACGUAAGUUCUUCGGACGCGAUAUCAUGUAUUUCCUCGGGAGAUGUAGCUAGUACUGUCAGGGAAACUGAAAUGAACCAAGGAACUUAUAUGGGGGACCAAGGGAUGUAUUACUGUGGAUAUUAUUAUCCAGGCUCGUUUGGAGGAUGGGAUGAGAAUGGUUACUACGUUGGGUCCAAUGGACUAGAGAUGCAACCGACUGUGGUUCAAGCGGAUAAUGGCUCUUAUUUGUGUUACUAUCCGGGUUAUGAAAAUGGAUAUGCUUAUGGUUCGGUCGUUCCUGGAGCCAUUGCUGGCAUGGAUGGUCAAUAUGUCAGCAAAGAGCCAUAUUACUCUACUGCAAUUACCAUGCAGGAUCCUACUUCACCUGGCAUGUUUGCUCAACCAGUUGCUUACGGAACUGAACUACUCCCCGCAUAUACAUGGGACCCUUCUUAUGUUCUUCUGGAUGGGGUUCAGGGACAUGCUGUUGACGUGCAUAAAAAAAAUUACCCUGCAAGAUCAAACUACCCUUCUAGUAAGCAUGCUGUUCUAUCUUCUAAAGCUUCGCGCGGCACGAAGUCUGCAUCGAGUGCAAUCAAAGGAUCGUCAUCAACUGUAGACACAGUACCAACCUCUGCCAAUAACCAUCCACCAUCAAAGUUUGCAAACAAGGCAUCUGGUGCUUCCAUAACAAAAGGGGAUCUUCCAUCUAGCAAGUUUGUGGUGCAUACUAACCAAGGAAAAGGCAACCUUUAUCAAAGUAAAGGCAUCAAUUUGAAUGAAAGUGGUAGAGGCAGUGAGAAGCUUAAGGCAAGAAGCAAGCUAAAUGGAUAUGGUGACGGUGAUAUACCAAAUAACUACAUUGACGACUCAAAAAAUAAUUCGAGCCCAAGAGCUGAUCCUUCUGGAUUAUCGAGUGUACAUGAUGCUAAUGAUGAUACACCUUCAGUUGUUGAAACAAACAGAGAUUCAUAUAACCUUCCAGCUUUUGUUACCAAGUACGAGCAAGCUUUAUUCUUCGUGAUUAAAUCUUAUAGCGAAGAUGAUAUUCACAAGAGCAUAAAGUACAAUGUCUGGGCAAGUACUCCUAAUGGAAAUAAAAGGCUCGACAAUGCCUAUAAAGUUGCACAAGAAAGAAUGGCUGGAAAAGGAACUAAAUGCCCUGUGUUCCUCUUCUUCUCUGUUAAUGCUAGUGGCCAGUUCUGUGGCGUGGCUGAGAUGGUUGGCCCAGUAGAUUUCAAUAGGAAUAUGAACUUCUGGCAACAGGACAAGUGGAAUGGAUUCUUCCCAGUAAAAUGGCACAUAAUCAAGGAUGUGCCUAAUCCACAAUUUCGACACAUAAUAUUGGAGAAUAAUGAGAACAAGCCUGUUACAAACAGCAGGGACACACAAGAGGUCAAGUUUCUACAAGGUGCAGAAAUGCUGAAUAUUUUCAAGAACUUCUCAUGUAAAACAUCAAUAUUAGAUGACUUCGACUUCUACGAAAACAGGCAGAAAGUAAUGCAGGACAGAAGAGGCAAACCAAUUACUACAUUGGAAUACCCCAUGCCGAAAGAUGAAAAACCUGCAGAGUUUAAAAAGGAAGCUCAAUUUCUAAGUACUGUGGAGCUUAAUAAAACCAAGAGAAACGAGGAGCAGAGCAGCAAUGUUGCAGAAGAUGUUGAUACAGCCAAGGGAAGUGAGGAACAGAGCAACAAGGUAGAAGCAGAUGUUGAUACAGCCAAGAGAAGUCAGGAGCAGAUUGUCGAUACAUCAAAGAAAAGUGAGGAGCAGAGCAACAAGGUUGCAGCCAUAAGUGAUACAGGCAAGAGAAGUGAGGAGCAGACAAGCAGUGUUGCUACAUCAGGAUGAUGACAGAAAGGGUGCUUGAACAUAAGGAUAAUUCAGAAACGGACAUCCAAAUUGAAACGACAAUAAACUUGCUGUGCGGAACAUCGAGAAAUGGUCAAUUACCCUGGAAGCCUUUCCAUUUUCUCAUGCAAGCUGAGAAUGAAAAAAGAGAGAGAAAGAGUUCAAGCCUGGGAGCUGUCCUCCCAUGAGAAAUGUUCGAUGACUGGGAAAAAGGCUCCAUCUUGCUAGAGAUCUACCCAUAAUUACUGCCUCUGGCACUGAGGCACUACAGCACCCUCAUCUAUUUUUCAGAUAUGAGGGAGUAUUUCAGUCUUCUUUCUCUGUCUAAUCUUCUGCUAAGUUAUUGGGAAUCAAGUUAUUUGGGUUGUGGGUGUUGGGUUAAAUUUUUAGGUGCUACAUGAAGAAAAAGAGAAAUGGAAAAUCCAGAGAGAUUUUACUUGUUAAUUCUAGUGUAGGAUGCCCUUAUUUUGUAAAGAUUUCUCCCAUUAACCGAGAAAAAGGAAUAAAGAACGAAAACCAGUUCAUCUCUA